GAAAGUCCCAGAGUAUCUUAUGAUCGGGUAUUUAUAGUGAGCUAUUCAUGGACAUGGGCUCUGCAGAGAUUAUUUACAAUCCUGAAAAUGUCACUUUCAACUUAAUAAUCACUUCUUCAAAGGCAGAGAUUUUCCCUCUUUCAGAAGGCCAGCUCUCUUGAAAGACAGAAGUGGAAGUUUUGAUAAGAAGUGAUUCAUGUGGUGCUGAUUUGCCAUGAAUAAUUCUGUGUAUAUGGUUGAUGGUGAUUCUGAUGAGGAAAUCUCUACCCAGCGAGCUAUUCAGGAAAGCUUACAAGAUAGGCAUAAAUUUGAAACAAGUGGCAGUGCAACAGAAAUUGAAAGUUUCCAGUAUACUGCAAGUAAAGAACAUGGACAGAUCAUUGCAGCAAUUCGGACAGGCCAAGAGGAGGCCUUGAAGAAGUUGGUGAGGCACAGUUCUGCUUUUGAAGAAGCAGAUCAGCAAGGCUGGCUUCCUGUGCAUGAAGCUGCAGCACAGCUAAAUAAGAACAUCCUUGAAAUAACUUUAAAAGCCUCCCGUGACAUUACGUGGGAACAGUCCACUCUAAAAGGAGAAACACCUCUCUUGGUGGCAGUAAGAAAUUGUUUUGUGGACAAUGUCCACUUUCUCCUGCUCAAUGGCUGCAAUCCCAAUGUUAAAAAUGAAGAGGGAGAUUCUCCUUUAGUUAUAGCAAUUAAACUUGAUUCCUAUGACAUUGCCUCCUUGCUGCUGCGAUCUGGGGCCAGAGUGAAUUUGCGCUGCGUCCAUGAGAGAACUGCUCUGCAUGAGGCAGCCAGACUGGGCAGGAAGGAUCUGGUUCAGCUGCUCCUGGAGUCUGGGGCAGAUCCUGACCCCCGCAGUGGAUAUGGGCUCACACCUCUAGCACUGGCUGCACAGAUGGGACAUACAGAAAUUAUGGCGCUCUUACUGCAAAAAGGUGCAGAUGUUCUUUCACAGGCAAUGGACUGUGCUUCUAUAUUGUUUGAAGCAGCAGGAGGAGGAAAUCCAGACUCUGUGAGUCUUUUACUAGAAUAUGGGGCUGAUGCCAAUGUACCAAAGCACUCGGGUCAUUUGCCAAUCCACAGAGCUGCAUAUAGAGGACACUUUCUAGCUCUGAAAUAUUUAGUUCCAGUGACUGAUUUUUCUGCCAUUAAAGAAAGUGGGAUAAGCCCAGUUCACUCAGCAGCAGCAGGAGCACAUCCUCAGUGCCUUGAGUUUCUCCUGCAGUCGGGUUUUGAUGCCAAUUUUAUGCUGGCUCAGAGAGUUCGCAAAGGCUACGACGACCACCGGAAAUCAGCCCUGUACUUCGCUGUUUCCAACGGGGAUAUCUGCUCAACGCAGCUGCUGCUCAACGCCGGAGCGCUGACAAACCAAGAUCCCAUCAACUGCCUCCAAAUAGCCUUGAGAAUGGGCAACUACGAGUUAAUGAACCUGCUGCUCCGCCACGGGGCCAACGUCAACUACUUCUGCCGCGUGAACACCACGCAUUUCCCCUCAGCUCUGCAGUACGCCCUCAAGGAUGAGGUGAUGCUGAGGAUGCUGCUGAACUACGGCUACGAUGUGCACCGCUGCUUCGACUGCCCGCGGGGCAGCGGCGACCACUCCCAGUACGUGACGGACGGCUGGACCUCCACCGUCAUCAAAGACACCAUGUUCUGUGAAGUGAUAACCUUGUCCUGGCUGAAGCAUGUGUCUGGGAAAGUAGUGCGAGUCAUGUUAGAUUACGUUGAUCAUGUUAAGAUUUGCUGGAAGCUCGAAGCAGUUCUCAAAGAACAGGAACUCUGGCCAGACAUCCAUUUCAUUUUAACAAAUCCUCGCUCUCUGAAGCACCUUUGCCGCCUGAAGAUCCGGGCGUGCAUGGGCCGGCUGCGUCUCCGCUGUCCUGUCUUCAUGACCUUCCUUCCACUGCCAAACUGCUUGAAAGAUUACAUCCUGUACAAGGAAUAUGAUCUUUAUGGACAGGAAAACUACACAGGGAUCUACAACCUCAACUGUGCAUAAGUAUUUGUCCUGUACUUUGAAGGGAAUUUAAUGUGGAUAAGACUGUUGUGCUUUUUUCUUUUUGGAUUUCCUCUCCUCUGUAUAUUAAGGAAUGCCAGCGCUCUCCCCUCACCCCCUGAAGAAAAUGGAGAGACCCCCCCCCAAAAUGUAAGUAUUGGUGAUCCCAUUCUAAAGAUCUCCUGGACUAUGACAAGUUAUUGGACUAUCUGCAAGUUAUGGCAACAGUAUUUUAAUGCCUGGUGUGACAAGUUAAGGAAGUGUACAAUACAGUGUUGCAAGCCUUGUGUUGUGGCUAAAUUAAAGCUUGUCAUACCAGAUACCACUACCAUCAUUCCAGGAUUAAACUCAGGGUUUAGUUAAAGGGUCAAGGAUUUGACUCCAGGAAGGGACACAGUUUUUUCUCUUGUACUUCUUCCUUUCUCUUGACAAGAAAUAGUUUUUAUUUGUGAAGUCCUACAGUGAAGUUCUGAAAAGCAGCUUCAGUAAUUCUUUUCUUCACCCAAUAAAGCAACCCCCCAUUCUAGUCAAUCAAAUUAGAUUAAGCUUGAGAAACCUCUGCUUAUCACUGCAGGUCUUGUGAGAUACCAAUGUUUCAUCAAGGUGGCACUGCUGAAAGCUGUGUUUGUUCUGCAGCUCCUUCUCAGGUACUGAUGUCCCAUCCGCCAUGAACUUGGACUAUUCUCUCUAGAACUGGGUUCUCCUUACCCAGUGCUGUCUGAAGUCAUGCUUGCAAUUUUUGGAGUUUCUCUCUAUAGAGGUGGAGCUUAAACUUUUGGAGCCCUGUCAUUUUAGGAAGUCUUAGAGAAGUCUUAGAAAGACCUAGAGCAUGCCUGUUCCUUCUAAUAAUACUGCAAAUAUCAGUUCCCAAUUUAGAAAAAAAGAAGUUCAUCAACACAUUUGGCAUUAGUAGUAUUUAUUCCUUCAUAAUCAAGUAAGCAUAGAUGGUUUUUUUCUAGUUAUACAUGCAUCUUUAUCACAGAAGUUACAGAAUUCAAAAGUCUGCUUUUCCCCAGAAAAAUCUACAAACCUUAUAAAAUACAAAUUUAACCACAAUGCGGUUAUGGCCCAUGGCUUUUUACAUGGUGUUUAUCCCAUAAUAGACUAACUCAGCCUGUGAAGAUAUGUCCAAUGCCCAUGGUAAUGGUAGUGCUGGUAGAGCCUCUGCACUGGGCUUGUUCCACAGAGCCCUCAGAGCCCUGUCCCUGCCCCACCACGGGCCCUCCCAGCCAGCUGCCACAGCUCCUGCUCACCUUCAGUCUCUGAUUGUUGCAAAAAUAAGUUAAGACCAUUCCCAAGUGUAACAACUUCCUCUGAGGUUAUCUGGCUAUUACUAUAAAAAUUAAGAGAACUGAGCUACACUUGACAAUGGAGGGCUAUACCUGCGUGUCAGAACUGAUUUUAAUGGAAGGGAACACAUCCUGUCACAGUAAUGGAACUUCCUGAAAGUCAGUGUGAUGAAGAAUGCAGGAGGCUUUUGCAUCAGAGUACAAGUCUCACCCAGAAAGUUACUACAGUUAAGCUUUUAUUUAAAAUAUAAAAUGCUGACUGGAGCCCUGGUACAAUAGGGUUACUAUCCGUGUUUCCAAGAUUAAGACACAACAAUCAGAGUUGACAUAAAUAUGCCACUGGUUGUUCUUAAUACAGCUAUUCAGGGAAAAUGUGCAAGUCUGUCUCAAACACUGCAAAAAUCACUUACACUUCACCAGAACAGGACCAAUCCAGAACACCAUCAUAAGAAUUUGACCACUCCACUCUAUUAUAAAAAUGACCAGAAAGGUUGUACAAAAUUCUCAGCUUGCAAUAUAAACUUCAUUAGGAAUACAAGUGCAUUCACAAUGAUACACUGACUUAUUCUUGUCAUCACAACUGAGAUACCACUGCGGCAGGGAAAAAAAUGCCAACUUAGUGCUUAAUUAAAACAAGAAGCCUUGGGGUCCAAGUACCUUGCAAGAAUUUUUGUAAUACAGAGCAAGAGAAAGAAUAGAAAUUAUCAGCUUUUGCUGUUACAUUAGACAAUAUCUCUACUAAAUUCACUAAGCAGUGGCAGUUUUCUUUCGCUAGGUGAACUAUUUCCUAAAUAAUAAGAGACUAUAUUUUAGCAUAGUUUUCACCAUUAGCUUGUCCCAAAUGCUGUGCAACUAAUUAAUCAGUAUUUACCUUAAGUAUAGACAGAAUUUGCCUUAAACAGUCAAAUUUAUUUCUUUAUAUCCAUGUACAUCAAUUACAGCUUCAUAAAUAGCAUCAGCUGUUUCACAGUUUCCAGCUCUAGGUUUACAUCCACAUAAAGAGGAAAUCUGACAGCCCUUUAGAAGGGGAAUGUUUCUUA